UUCUUUUUUCGCUUUCACCAUAAGUCACCUUGCACCGUAAGCUGCUUGCUGAACUAUUUGCACAAGGAUGUUAAUUCGUGGAUGGGAGGUACCCACAAAUUCCACGAAAAUUGAGCCACCACAAAAUCUAAUGAUUUUACAUAACUAAAGAAGGAUGGAAAAGAAAUGGUGGAAGAAGAUAGAGAAAUAUGUUGAUAAACUAGUAGAAAAAGGCCAGCAAGUGGCUGUGCUACGCUUCAACAGUAGAGCAAAGGCAAUAGAUUUUAGAGGAACAUCCAACCUGAAAAAGUUUGUAGAGGAUGGAUCGGUUAUGGAAAAAUUCAUAGAUGCCGCAUCUGGCUCUUAUGGAGUCCAGAUGCCAUCUAAAGAAAUUGUACCUGUUGGUUUGCCUGCUCUUGCACCUGAGGAAAUUAAUUUGCCUAACUUGAGAAAGGUGGUGGGAAAUUUAGUUGGAGCAUAUGCUGUGCAUGGGUAAGUGGACUUGGUAAGUGUUAUGUUUUGGUAAGUAUAUAUCAUCAUGGUGGUCUACAUAGAUGUGGUGUGUGGCAUUUUUAUCAUAGUACACUCUUGCUAGAUGAACUAUACAGGCAAUCAUUGGUUAUCUAAAAUCACUGAAAUUAUUUCUCAAUAAUAAUUUACUUCUCAUUUCUGUUUUAUGAUAGCAAAACAUAAACCUUAAUUAAUAAGCUUCAGUAUUAUUAACAAUACAUGCCUAUCAUUUGAUAUCCUUUGUUAUAUACAAUAUAUUCAUAAUGAAAAUAACAUUCACUUUUCUAUUAUAUAAUUGAAUGAUUCCUAACUCUCUAAUUGGCUGCAAACCAAUGUGCUGUAAAUCAUAAAAGUUAUAUUCACCAGCAUUGAAUCAAUUGAUACUUUAGGUUAAUAUGUUUAUAUUGUCAACCUUUGAAAUUUCAUUGUUUCUCAAAGUAUUUGGCAAACACAUAAUAUUCAUCAGAUAUAAACAGCUAAGAAAGAUGGCAGAUAUUGCUACAUGGGUUUCAAUCAUUUCAUCACAUAAAGAAAUAAUUACUUUUUAUAUUAGCCGUCAGCAUUAUAAUUUAGCAACCCACAAAAAGCUAUAAUUCACAUUGUUUUGAGCCAGUUGAAUAUUGUUCCCGUGAGGUAGAUUGUAUUCACCUGAAAAUAGCAAUUUAUAAUUGUCAAAAUUUUAUCCUUGCUUUAAUGAUGCUUACACUGAUGCAAUAUUUCACAUUCAUUACCAUCUAAUCACUUGCAAUGUAUUUGUAGAUUCCCUCUGCAUCAUAACUCAUUGGUUUCGUACUUAACCUGUAUUCAUAUAAUUUUUAUCCUUUUUUGUAUAUUUAUUAAGGGUAAAUGUAAAAAAAAAAUGGAAACACCAAGUAAUAUAAUUAUCCUUUUUCAAGCAUAAUAUGUAUUGUUACAAGAUAAAGAGCUUUUACAUGUAUGAUAAACAGUAUUUUUAUUAUAGUAUAUAACAAGUAUGGGAUAGUCAGAGGAUUUUGGGGUAUUGAAAGAUUGACCCCAGAAUGGUAUCCAAAAGAUGUUCCAUUCGUUUCACCGAAUGACAACAAGAGAAAGGAAGACCGGUUGAAGAGAGAAGAGUGUGUUAAAGUGAUAAAUUCGUACAAAGCAUUUGUACUGAGCGGAAAAUGUUCCAGCAAAAAUUCAUCCAGUCAUCAUAAACAGGAGACCUAUUUUACGGAAAAGAUGGAUGUUGAUGAGCCAGGUCUGGCAGAAAGAGAGGACAAGACGGAUGCUGAAGAAAUUAGACCUGAGCCUGUUCUUGAAGAUCCCAAGAAGGAAAAGGAGAAAGUUGAAUUACAUGAGCCCAGUGUUAAAGAUUCAAAGGCCAAUGUCCAUGAGCCAGGUCUGGCAGAAAGAGAGGACAAGACAGAUGCUGAAGAGCCUGUUCUUGAAGAUCCCAAGAAGGAAAAGGAGAAAGUUGAAUUACAUGAGCCCAGUGUUAAAGAUUCAAAGGCCAAUGUCCAUAGCGCCUCACACAGUUCCAAACAGGAUACAGACCCAUUUUCAAUGAUUCAGACUAUUUUGAGCUCUGCAACUAAAGGUGUGCCCAAAAUCAAGCCAGGGACACGGUACCAUGUUUGUGGGGAGGUCCUGGACAAGGGCGACUUCAAUACCCUAAAAAACCAAAAUUGGUUGAAUGAUAAGGUUAUUAAUGCAUACCUGGCCCUUCUAAUGUGGAAUCAAAAUAAGGAGGAUUCAAAUCACAUAUUUGUGAUGCCUUCUUAUUUGGCAGUUCUCUGGGAACUUGGCAGGUUCGAUACUUGGUUGUAUCAAAAGGUACGAUUAUCUGCAUUUAGAUGGAUUUUUCUACCAGUAAAUGUUCAUGAAAACCACUGGGUACUGCUUGUUGCCAAUGUUCCCCAGAGAUCGGUUACCAUCCUUGAUUCAAUGAAUGGGGAGAAUCACACUUUAAUACAGAGAUGGAUGAAGUACAUGCAUAUCCGGGAUAAGCAUGUGAAUGAUUUGCAGUGUUCGUGGACUGUAGGACAGCUACAGUCACAAAGACAGACGGAUGGGAGUAGCUGUGGUGUUUUUGUUUUGAUGAAUGCUAUGGCCCUUGCUUGUGGCAGUAGUUUGGAAGCAUUAAAUAAAGACUGUGCCAUGAACAUGAGAUUGUAUGUCCUUAACCAACUACUGGAGGCAAGUAGGGUGCCACCAGCACAGAGGACACUCUGUGAUAUGGAAGGAUGUAGGAGACCAGGGCAGAGAGAAGCCUGGAUAGGAUGUGGUGUGUGUGGUAGAUGGUGCCAUUUUGUGUGUGUACACAUCACAGAGGCGCCAAUAGAGGGUUUUAUAUGCCCGAUCUGUGUAGCAAGAUAUGAAUGAAGUUUAGCUAGAUUUAUAUUUGUCUUCAUUUAAAGCUGACAUAAAUUCACUCUAUAUGAUUUUGUCUUUUAUGCAGACAUGCACUGUUCAUAGCCUUUUCUUAAUCCUUUUUUUAUUUGCAUUAAAAUAUGAUGAGUCCAAAAUUUUGUAACCAUUUUUAGCUCACCGAGACGAAGUCAUGGGGAGCUUAUGCUAUACCCUCGGCGUCGGCGUAUUGACCUGGUUAAAGUUUUUGUUGCAGGUCCUGUAUCUAAGCUAUUACUUGUCCUAUCUUCACCAAACUUGCAUCUGGACCUACUUAUGGACUUGAAAGACUUGGAUGCUGAAUCUGAGUCCUAAAUUUCAGAUGCUGGAGGAGGUUAAGGUUGUUGGACCAGGUUAAAGUUUUUGUUGCAGGUGCCCUUUGAUAGCAAUAUCUAAGUUACUGCAGGUCCGUACUUCACCAAACUUGCAUGGAUGGUGUGUCUUAUGAUACUGAUGCACCAGACAGGCUUGAGUGCUGAAUCUGAGCUAUAGGUUUCGGAUGCUGGAGGAGGUUAAGGUUUUUGGACCAGGUUAAAGUUUUUGUUGCAGGUGCCCUCUGAUGAUUAUAUCUUAGUUACUACUGGUCCGUACUUCACUAAACUUGCAUUGAUGGUGUUUCUUAUGAUACUGAUGCACCAGGCAGGCUUGGGUGCUGAAUCUGAGCUAUAGGUUACAGAUGCUGAAGGAGGUUAAGGUUUUUAGAGCUGGUUAAAGUUUUUGUUGCAGGUGCCCUCUGAUGAUUAUAUCUUAGUUACUACUUGUCCUAACUUCACCAGACUUCCAUGGAUGGUGCGUCUUAUGAUACAUGCAUGCUGAAUCUGAGCCAUAGGUUUUGGAUGCUGGAGGAGGUUAAGGUUUUUAGAGCUGGUUAAUGUUUGUGAAACAGGUGCCCUCUGAUGAUUAUAUCUUAGUUACUACUUGUCCUUACUUCACCAGACUUCCAUGGAUGGUGCGUCUUAUGAUACUGAUGCACCUGACAGGCUUGAAUGCUGAGUCUGAGCCAUAGGUUUCAAAUGCUGGAUAUGGUUAAGUUUUUUGGAACAGGUCACAUGUUUAAUAGAUAAUAGUACUAUUUCAAACUUGCAUAGUUGAUUAAACUGUAAUAUGAAUGAAUCACAGAGGAAGCUUCAGAUGCAGGACUUGAUCUCCAUUAUCAAGGAUGCUAAAAAAUAUAUCUUGGUUAUUACAGGGCCUAACUUCACCAAACUUGAAUGGAUGGUGUGUCUUAUGAUACAGGUGCACCUGACAGGCAUGGAUGUUGAAUCUGAGCCAAAGGUUGCGGAUCCUGGAGCAGGUUAAGGUUUUAAUUGCUAGUGCCCUCUGAUGAUGAUAUCUUAGUUAUUACUGGUCUGAACUUCACCAAACUUGCAUGGAGAUGUGUCUCAUGUAUACUGAUGCACCUGACAGGCCUGAAUACUGAAUCUGAGCCAUAGGUUUUGGAUGCUGGAUGAGGUUUAGUUUUUUUGGAACAGGUCUCAUGUUUUAUAGAUGAUAGCUUACAUAGUUGAUUUAACUAUAUUAUAAAUGAAAUGCAGAGGUUUCUUCAAAUGCAGAGCCUACAUUGUAUACAUGUGCAGUUAUUUAAUUUGUUCAAACUAACGGUAAUGUAUUUUUGCAUCAACUUUUAAAAUGUAUACAUAAAGAAUGCUUAAUCACUUAAAGUUCUUUUGGAUCAAUGUUUAUUGUCUCAUAAUAAAAUUGCUCUCUUAAAAUGUA